AUGGACAGCUGCUUGUUUUGCAAAAUAGCCAAUAAGGAAAUGGGAACUAUUCUCUGCGAGAACAAAGAGGCAUUCGUUAUUGCUGAUAUCAAUCCGCUAAGCAAAGGACACCUACUAGUUAUCCCGAAACAGCACGCACCCAGACUGGGCGAUGUGCCUGACACAGUGCUGCAGAGCGUGGCAACAUACAUUAAAAAAGUAGCAAUGAAGCUAGGGCUGGAUAAGUACAAUAUUCUCCAGAACAACGGACACAUUCAGUCAGUACACCACGUGCACUUCCACAUCAUACCGUACAAUGAAGAGGACAAAGAAGGACUGAACAUUAGCUGGAAAGUCUCUGAGAAAGGAAAGGCCAGUGUGCCCGAGUGCAUCGAAGAGUACAAGAAAAAGCUGCAAUCGCUAAAUCAAAAUAAUAAAUAA